GAGAGCACAAGCACUGAGGACUGUGUCGGGCUUUCUGGGGGAUUUUUUUGUUUUUUUGUUUUUGUAUAGUUUAUAUACAUUUUUUUUACAUUUUAGAGUUUCGUGAUUAUAUAAGUUUUAGAUUUUUAAUAGCGUGUUUAUUUUAUUUGUGCUAGUUUUGCUAAUAGAUAAUAGAGAUAGAGGGAGAUAGAGAGAGAGAGAGAAAAGAAAAGCUAAAUCAAAGUCAGUUCUGCAUUUCGGCUGUUAGUCAGUUAGAGGGUUUUUAAAGUGCUUAUACUUUAUUACACUGAGAUAUACACAGUGAUCUAUUACAACAUUUUGGAAGCGUUUUUUUUUUUUUUUUUUUUGCUAUCAUUUAAACUCCAGCCUCCUUUUAUAAACAAUAUGACCGCCGUGCUGAACAUCCAGAGGUUACUGGAAGCUGCUGAGUAUUUAGAGAGAAGAGAAAGAGAGUGCGAACAUGGCUACGCCUCGACGUUUCCGUCUAUUCAGAGCUCCAACAACUACCAGAGACAAAGAAAAUUCCGGAAUAAGAAGCACAGCAGCAACCACAACAGGUCAACACACAACGAGUUGGAGAAGAAUCGGCGAGCCCACUUGCGUCUUUGUCUGGAACGAUUGAAGGCACUCAUCCCACUGGGACCCGACUGCAACCGUCACACUACGCUGGGCCUGCUUAACAAAGCCAAAGCACAUAUAAAGAAGCUGGAGGAGGCCGACCGGAAGUCUCGGAACCAGCUAGACAACUUGGCGCGGAAGCAGAGACACCUCCGGAGGCAGCUGGACUCCCUUCGGGGGACGUGUAAGACUGAGAGGGUGCGCUCAGACAGCUUGGGCUCGACCCCGUGCUCUGACCACUCCGACCGCUCUGACUCGGACCAAGAGGAGAUCGAGGUGGACGUCGAGAGCACCGAGUUCUCCCAUGGAGAGCUGGAUAGCGUGAGCACGGCCAGCACCAGCGACCUGGACGACCACAGCAGCCUGCAGAGCCUGGCCAGCGACGAGGGCUACUCCUCCUGCAGCGUCAAGAUAGCCUUCAGCUCAUAGACACGCACACACGUGCAGUCCAGGCAACAGCAACCACCCACCCCUCCACACCAUCCUCUCCACUGUACCACCACCCAACCCCUGUCAGAACCCCACAGGUGACCAGAGCACAAGCCACCGCCUCAGUCAGAGCUGCGUUCUGAUUGGCUGAUUGAAUGUACACUGCCUUUAAUGGCUCUCUCUCUCUCUAUGUCUUUCUUCAAACACAGAAACGCACGCGUCUUGCCUUUUAGUAUCACUUUCAUCAAUUUGAUUUCUCUCCCGCGAUCUGUUCUCGUGAUCUGGUUACCUGUUGGGACGUUCUGAAGCACUGCGACUCAGUGCAAGUGCGUACGAUCUGAAGGUCCUCCGCGGCGCCGCAUAUCAAGAUCAGCUGCGAGCGAAAAAAGGCUAAGGCAUGAACUUUGUGUUCCGAAUGGUGCUACGCGAAAAGAACCUGACGAAAGCCUCUCGUCACGGGAGCGGGUCGACCUUUUCCGGAAGUCUUUCCCACGGUGCAUUUUAUGGUGCGUUUAUAAAGUCGGAAGCAGCCGAGCCGUGCUUCCAUCCAGCAGCUGCGACGUAGACAUCCCUCUUAGCGGUAACAAGCAAUAACUCCUCUAACUCCGACUCUUCUUUUUGUUCCCCUCGUUUGUUUUUUUUAUUUUUAAUCCUUCUCCCUUUCCUCAAACACCGUCCAAAAGAGCAAAAUUCAACUUGUUUUUUUUUUUUUUUUUUUUUUUGUAUAUAAUACAUAAAUAGUUUAAUAAAUUAAGUAAAGGAGUUUAAAAAAAAAAAAAAAAAAAAAGCUAGAUACCUAAUGGGUAGCCUCUGUUGCUGUUCGUCUUGUGUUUUAUUUUGUGCAUUUUAAAUUAUAUUUUUGGAAAGAUACACCUAUUCCUUCUCAGAUUGCUCUGACAGAGUGGCAUGGACAGUAUUACACUUCUGCUCAGCGACUUAUUAAUCCAUUGUUGUUGUUUUUUUUUCCCCAUUCUGACCAAAACGGAAGGAAAAAAUUCUCACUGAUGGCUUCAGCAGCGGGACCCCUGAGCGCUGGACCCGCAACACUCUUUUUAUUUAUUAGCUAACUAUCAUUUAUUUUAUCCGUAUGUGUGCCUGUGUGUGUGUGCGCGCGUGCGUGCGUGUGUGUGUGUGUGUGUUCCCCUGUUGAAGCUGAGAGGCAUUCCACCGGUGCUGAGCCUGAUUUCCCGCUCGUCCGUCAUCAGCUGAUUUUAUUUAUCGAUAGAAUGAAGUCAUUUAUUUAUCCUUCUUUCCUGUUCCUGUUUUUUUUUUCCCUCUCUCUCUCUCUCUCUCUCUCUUUUUGUAUUAAAUGUUUUUUAUUUGAAUAUUAUGUAACCCAUCCCGAGCUGUGUGUUGGAGUGCUCGACUGAACAUGGUGCUGCGUAUCUAACACCAGGCCAAACCACAUCUCUUUCUGUUUCUUAAAGACACGACUACCUUUUUGUUAUAAUUCAUUCUUUUCCACCUACUUUGCUUCUUACCCCCUCUUUUUAAAUCUGCACUUAAAUCCAGGACCCAUGUCGAGAACUGUGUGCUUCCUGACACGCCACACACACACACACACACACCCCUUCACAUACGAGCAGGUGCCCCGCAGCAUCCCGUCUAAUCCCACAAUCUCAGUGAUUUUGUUCUAUUAUAUUAUAGAUUUAUAGCAAACGCUGAUCCUGAAUCAGCUCUGGAUGAAGUCGGGAGUGUUCUGGAUCACACAGAAGAGCAGGAAGAAUCUGAUCUGAGAUCAGCGCCCCUGCUCUUCCUGAUCGUAGUGGGAAUUUUUCUCUCAUGUCUGCUGAGUAAUGAAGUCUUUGUAAAUGUCACUUUAAACACUUGAUAAUCGUUAUGCUCAUACCAAACUAGGCACUGAAGUCUUAGGUGGGAUUUGAACGCCUCCCACUGGUGUGUGUGUGUGUGUGUGUGUGUGUGUGUGUGUGUGAGAGAGAUCAGGAAGCUCUAGUUAACAUGAAGUGGGUCCCAUAGAUGAAGCUAAUUACACCUGAGGUCCUGCUGAACUAUGGUUAUUCUUUGUCAAACAUGCACUCUGAUUUAAGCUGUAAGUCCAACUGCAAUACUUACAAUAAAACACAGAGAUUGUCCAAUCUGAAGACCAAAAAAAAAUAAAGUCUGUGUGUGUUUAUUAUUAA